AUAAUGAUAAACAAAAAUUUCAAAUGUCUGAUAUACAAAAAACUUGUGUAGAUGAUAAUGGCUGGACAUCAUAAAUCAAAUAAAAUUGGAUAUUGUAAUAGUUUCAAAUGUUUUCGUCGACCUGUUGUACCAUUUUUAGUAUCAAAAACACAAAAUAUAAACAUUCCUAUACGAUUUAAUCAUGAUAUUCUAAAUGAUAUAUUAAUAAAUGCACAAAAACAAUGUUACACUUUUUCAUCUAAGUCAGAAGCUUUUAAAAAUGUAGGAACACAAACAGAUUAUCGAGAUAGUGAAGCACAAACUAUUCCUUGGGAACCAUCAUACAGAAUUAAAUUAGGACAUAAUCCUGAAGUAUUAUCAAUAGUACAUUUAACUUGGAAUCAUGGAUUACAAAUUGGAAAUCAUGAAUUAGAAAUUAUUAAUAGAAUAAGAAAAAAAAGAGCAUGGGAAGCAAUUUUGCCUCCUAUGGAUACACAGGCUAAUAUAAAAAAAAGAACAGCUAUAAUAAAUGCAUUAGAAGUAGAUGAAUGGGCAUUUAGAGAAUCGGAAAUUCAAGCAAUAAUGGAUUACAGACUUGAAUUAAUGAAUGAAAUAUCUAAAUCAUAUGAAUAUGCAAAACAAAAAAAAAUUCAAGAUCGUUUAGAUAGAUUGACAAAUCUUUUAUCUCUGCGUAGAGAUAAAGAAGUAAAUUCAAUUAAACAUAAGCUUAGAAGAGAAUUAAGAAAAUUAUAUAAAAGACAUCAAGAAAAAUCACAACCAUUCAAACGUGAUAUUAUUAAAGAACAUGCAAAUCCAUCUUCUGAAUUAUAUGCACCACAAAUGCGUUAUGGCGAACAUCCUCAAAGAAGACAUGAAAUAAUAGAAAAAGAAUUAUUAGGAGAAAGUUUUAUUGAAAAUGUAACUGAAAUAAAUACUUUACCAAAAUGGCUUCCAACAUAUGAACAACUAAGUGUAGUAGAAGCUAAACCUAAAUCAGAUGAUCUAUGUAUUAGAGCAACAAGAUGGACAAAAGAAAAAUUAAUUCAGUUACAUUCUGACUUAAAAGCAAUAAGAUUAAGUACUAUAUAUGUGACAAUAGAUGCACCAGUAUUAUUAAAGCGCAAGUAUAAAAUGCCAUCUUUACCUCCUACACCAUAUAAAACAACUAUAGAAGAUAUAACAAAUAUACGUCUGCAUCAAUUGUCUACACUUAUUCAAAAAAUAGUUAGAGGAAGAGCUAUUCAAUGCAUGAUGUUUGAAGGUCGCAAUAGAUGUAGAGAAUUAAUUGAAGAAUUACAAUCGUCUUAUGGAUUAGAAGAAUAUAGUAAAAAACAAAAUCAAAAAGAAAAACAGCAUACAUUAGAAUUACAAGAAUUACAAAACGAAAAAUCUUUGCAAGAUGAUCGUUUAUGUGAAAUCUUAAAUUCUUUAGAAGGAAUGACUUUAUCAGGAAUGCUAGAUUUUCUUACUAAAGAAUUAAUAAGAUUAGAAGAUGAACGUCAAAUACAUGCUUUUGCAUUAUUAGCCGAAAGAAAAAGAGCUCUCAGAGAAGCAGCAGAAGCUGGAAAACGUCAGUUAGAAUAUAAUCGUCGCAGAGAAUUUGACGAAAUAUUUAAACAAAUUAUAAAAAUUAAUCAAGAUUCUGUAGAAACUUAUUUAGAAGAUAUAAUAAAAGAAGGUAUUGAAUGGGUAUCCGAUGAAGCAACUAAAGCAUAUAUUUCAGAAUUGUGUGAUACAAUAGACAAUGUAUCAAAAGUUGCACGUGACAAUGAAACAAAAUUAGCAGAAGAAGAAAUGAUAGCUAAUAUGAUUUACAAUUUUGUAUUACCAGAAAUAGAAAAAACUACUUUACGAAAAAAUAUAAGAGAAAAGCAACAAGUUUAUUUGCAAAAUGCUCAUGCUGUAAUCUAUAAUAAAAUAUUGAACUUAUCAUCUGUUGAAGAUAAAAAUUAA